UUUCACUUUCAGUACGCGUCCGCAAGCUGCGCUGAAUACGUGCGCGAAUUCGUUUGUUCGAUUUGGUUUUGGCUUUUAUUAUGCCUGUGUAUAAUUAGUUGAUGUGCGUGUGCUUUUUUUGUCUUUUCAAUUUUUUUUUUUUUAAUCGGCAAAGUUGUGCGGAAAAAACCUGUUCCUAGAUAUCCUGCUCAAGGACGGCAGCAGUUGCAAGCAUGUGCGUGUCAGAAGUUAUUGAAUGUUUUAAUUGAAUUUUACAGUAUUAUAUCUACAAAUAACCACUAUUGAAGAUAAUCAAAACUCAUAUUAAACAGUGCCUAAAUGUUGAAAUAAAAAGUGAUAAAAUAAAUUUUCAUAAAUCGAAAAAAUUUUCGUAUACCUAAAAAAAUGGAUCAUAACCAAAAGAACAACACAAGUGAAAACCCACGCGGUUCUGUAUCCUCCAUCAAAUCACUGGAGGUUCCGUCCACGCCUACAAGAUCACCUAAGAAGGUAUCAUUCUCAGAUGAUUUGCCCUUCAGUGAGACAACCGACAGCAUCGCUGUUGUACAAAACCUUAGCAGCAGCAAUAACAACGAUAGCAGCAGAGACAACAAUGUAGCAAGUAGUCUCAGCAACAAUAAAUCACCGACAAUUGUUACCGAAGAAGAGCUGACGGCCGUAAAUCACGUGCUGCUGCAAGCGGCUCAAUAUCUGGAACAAAUGCAUGGCACUCGUGAACGCCAAUCGCCAACAGUGGAGGCAACAGAGCCUACACACAGCCCACCUCAGUCGCAUCAUCAUUCGGAUGGUGAUAUCAGCACAACCAGCGUUCAUAUAAAUCUAAAGCAACCACCACAGAAAGUUAGACGUGCAGAAAAACGAGACUAUGGUGGCGGCAACGGCGACGGCGAUAGUGGAGCAGCGCUGUCAAAUGGCCGAGUGCAAGAAAUAAAUAUUUGCGAUGAAUUUGAUAAGGUGCAAGUGCAUAAAUUGCCAAACAUGAACACAAGUGCAAAUGAUAUAGCAACAACAGCAACAACAACAACAACAAAAGCAGCACCCGAGCUGAAGAUAGCAGCAGCAGUUAGUACAUCACCUGCUGUGCUUAAAUUGGACGACGCCGACGAUGAAUUCAACAGCAUUGAACAGUCGAAAACAUUGUUAUCGCAACAACAACAACAACAACAACAACAACAACAACAACAACAAACCAAAUCACAGCCAAUAGUUUCUAUAAACACCACACAACCCGCUACUACCACAGCUGCAACACGCAAAACAUUUACCACCUCCCUCAGCAAUUUGCAGUUGGAGCCAGUGGUGCAAGCGGAACCAACGCAACCAACUACCUCAGCACAAAUGCAAGAGAUAAGCGAAGAGCAAUCUCACGUGGCCAGAUACAUUGACCGCUACAACCUCAAUUUAGAUAAGAAUUUCAGUGCGAUGGAAGUGGAGGCGCGACGUGAAAAGCUCCGCUGGUUGCUCAUAUCCGAAUGUAGUGCGCUGCUUGCUGAGGGCAAACACACACGGGAGGCAUUCCGGAAAUUGGUGUUGCAAAGGGAAUUCCAACAAAAAUUCUUCCACCUAUUCGAUCUCGAAGGCAAUGGCUACUUGGUGCAGGAUCGUUGGAUUGAACACUUGAAAGGACGUUUAACUCCUUUGAAUUCAUCUUACAUAGAUCCUUGCGAUGAUAGACAAAUGGAUUUCGCCGAGCAACUCGAGUCUGUUGCGUAUGUAAUUUGUGGCGAAAAUAGCAAAAUUACGCCGAAAAACUUCACGGAAAUUUGGCAAGCGCGAGGUAUAUUAGAUAAAUUAUAUCGCCUCAUCGAUGCGGAUGGCACGAAUUUAAUAUCCACAAAUCAAAUAAUGGAAUUCAUUUCACACCUGACCAAUUCACGGCCACGCACCGGUUUUGAUAAGAGUUCCUUGGAGCGUCUGGAGCAACUCUUUCGCAGCACUGUGGGUAAUGAGCAGGAGAUACGGCGUGAAGAAUUUCAGAAAAUUGUUACAUCGAAAAAUCCAUUCUUUACUGAACGUGUCUUUCAAAUAUUCGACAAGGAUAACUCAGGUUCGAUAUCUUUACAAGAGUUCAUUGACGCCAUUCAUCAAUUCUCUGGUCAGUCGGCGGAUGAUAAAAUACGUUUCCUUUUUAAAGUUUACGAUAUUGACGGCGAUGGCUUGAUCCAGCACAAGGAGCUACACGAUGUGAUACGCGCUUGUAUGGAAGAAAACGGUAUGGAAUUCUCUGAAGAACAGAUUGAAGAUCUGACGACAGCCAUGUUCGAAGAUGCGGAUCCUUAUAACCGCGGUGAAAUUACUUAUGAAGCUUUAAAGAAUCAAAUAAGCAAACAUGGCGGCUUAUUAGAGAAUCUCAGUAUAACCAUAGAUCGUUGGCUUGUUCCUAUAACUCAGGAAAAGCCGAAGCCAAAACCUGGUUGUCCCACUUGUCGCAUUACCUGGCCACAUCAGCUCACAAUGGCCUACAUGAAGAAUAAUCAAGCCUUCGUUUCGUAUUUGUACAUUUACAUUGCUAUAAAUUUGUGCCUUUUCAUAUCGCGUGCCAUACAAUAUCGAGCGAGCAAUGGUUUUGUCAUCGUUGCACGUGCAUGUGGACAAUGUCUUAAUUUCAACUGUGCCUGGAUUUUAGUGCUGAUGCUACGGCACUCUCUCACCUAUCUACGUUCGCAGGGUCUCUCCUCCUACCUGCCCCUAGAUAACCAUAUUUAUCUGCACAAACUAACCGGAAUUGUGGUAUCAAUACUCAGUUUGCUACACACCAUCGCACAUCUCUUCAAUUUCUCCAUAAUUGUCGUGAAUGAUCCGAAAAUAAAUGCUGGUCAUUAUACGAUUGGUGAAUGGCUACUUACGGACCGUCCCGGUUUGUUUGGUCUUAUACCGGGCUGUGCUAAUCCCACUGGGUUGGCAUUGCUCAUUAUCAUACUGAUAAUGUUCAUAUGUUCGCAGCCAUUUGUGCGGCGUAAAGGUUCCUUUGAAGUCUUUUAUUGGACUCAUCUCUUGUACAUACCUUUUUGGAUACUGUUACUAUUUCACGGUCCAAAUUUCUGGAAGUGGUUCUUGGUGCCCGGUCUAGUUUAUAUUGUGGAGCGCAUAUUACGUUUUGUCUGGAUGAAGAGUGAACAUGGCAAAACUUAUAUCAGCUCAGGUCUGUUGCUACCCUCAAAGGUUAUACAUUUGGUUAUCAAACGACCGUUCAACUUUAAUUUUCGUCCUGGUGAUUAUGUCUUCGUCAAUAUACCAGCUAUUGCCAACUAUGAAUGGCAUCCUUUCACAAUUAGUUCGGCACCCGAACAGGAAGAUUAUAUGUGGUUACAUAUACGUACUGUAGGCGAAUGGACCAAUCGUUUGUAUCAGUAUUUCGAGAAGGAACAACAGAAACUACACAAGGGCGAGAUCAUACAGCAACGACAUGCGAUACCAACCGAUAUGGUGCGCAUAACAGAGAAGAAUGAGUCGAGGACCUCACCAACACCACAAAUCGAUUUCCUAGCACAAAACCUGGCACGCCUACAAAACAAAACGAAUGGUAAUGAACCAUCAUUGCUGCUCGCGAAUAAAAGUGCAAAUCAAAUGCAAAAUGUUCCAUUGAAACCCGCACGACAAACACAAGUCCCAUCAAAAUUGGCGCUGGAAAGCAUUAGCGCACGCGAUGAGAUUGACACUUCGUCAGCAAAACCUAACGACCGUAUACGGAGUAUUAAGAAGACACUACAACGCACCUUCUCGCGAAAGGAUGUGCCAACGAAAAAUGGCUCUGGUGGUCAUACGAACGAUGGCUUCGUCGCCGAUCAAGUUGAUUCCUACCAAAAGCCACUCGAUAAGCGAGUGCUUAAGUUGAAUUCGCGUAAGCCACAACUCGAGAAGAGUCUCUCACUGCCAGAUAUAGCUGUAAAAACAAAGAAGAAGGAACGUCUUAAAGCUCUUCGCGCACUUGGCCGUUCCGAAUCUGAGAGAUCUUUUGAUGAAUCACGCGUUAGACGAGCGCGUCUGCAGAGUGUCGGUCUAGCCUAUUUAAGCCCACAAAAUAAAUCGCUGGCACAAAGUUUCCGUUAUAUGCGUAAUAAGCCGACGAUAAUCGCUUUCAAAACGCCAAGCUUAGAAGAAGCCGAGCCAGAUUUUACAUCCAUUGCAAGAGAAAAUGGGGAUACUCUUCGGGAAUUGGAAGAAGGAAAGGGCAAUGGAGUCGACAAAACCAUAAGCACCGUAUUAGAUGUCCCAGAAGAGAGCGUAUCCAAGCCUCUAGAAGAUUCAUCAUCACGCACUAAAGUUGGUCGUUUUCGUAGGCCGACAUUUUUGCGUUCCCUCUCAACAUCCAUCAAAAAUCGCGGUAGCCAUGGCAGUUUACCACCACAGGGCAACCAUAACGCUGGUAGCAAGGUUACACUAGAUGCGGGCGUAUUAGAGAUUUUCAUCGACGGACCAUAUGGUGCACCAUCCAGUCAUAUAUUUGGUGCUCAACAUGCCGUACUCAUUGGAACCGGUAUUGGUGUCACACCGUUCGCCUCGAUUUUACAAUCGAUAAUGCAUCGUUACUGGAAGGCUCGACACACCUGCCCGCGCUGCCACUUUGAGUGGGCAAGCGAUAUACCGAAAACGGUGAUGAAUUUACGCAAAGUGGAUUUCUUUUGGAUUAACCGGGAUCAACGGUCUUUUGAGUGGUUUGUUAAUUUGUUAUCACAGUUGGAAAUCGAACAGGCCGAGUUGGGUGGCCCAAUGGAGAGAUUCCUGGACAUGCAUAUGUAUAUAACAAGUGCAUUGCAGCGCACCGAUAUGAAAGCGGUUGGAUUGCAAUUGGCUUUAGAUUUACUACAUGAAAAGGGCAAGCGUGAUCUCAUCACUGGCCUCAAAACACGCACAAAUGCCGGGCGACCGAAUUGGGAUAAGGUUUUCAAACAGUUGCAGGCGCAGAAGAAGGGCAAAGUGACUGUUUUCUACUGUGGCCCACCACAGCUGGGCAAGACGUUACGCUACAAGUGCGAUCAGUAUGGAUUUGCAUUCCGCAAAGAAUGUUUUUAGCUUUUUGUUUUUAAGAAAAAAUUAUUUAUUUUUUAUAUUAAUUUCAU